UCAACGCCAUUCCCUACUACCAACAAAAGUUAUCCACGAGGGCGGGGAGCACUACUUAUUUAGUGGCGGGCGUAUGACUGGGCUGACUAGAGUACUUUGUAGAGUUGGUGAUAAGAACAAGUUACGAAUCUUGAAAAAGUUUUGAAAGCACAUCUUUCCUUACGGUUUAGUGAGAAUAUCGAUUUUGGCUACCCUGUUUUGUAUAGUCAUUUGACAUCAUGGCAGACGUGCUUGAAAGUAUCCUGCUCCUUCUUAUGACAGAAGAAUGUUACGACAAAUUCUUUGUCGAAUUGAACUUCCUAGAUGUACCAUGUCUGAAAGCUGUCAUAAGCAAGGGGCUGGGCCUUGCUAUUAUUGCAGGAUCUGUCAUGGUGAAAGUGCCGCAGAUCACGAAGAUCUUGAACAACAAGAGCGCCGAGGGUAUCAGCAUAUUGAGCGUGCUGCUGGACCUGUUCGCUAUCACCUCGAGCGCCUCCUAUAGCUUCAUCAAGGGCUUUCCUUUCAGCGCGUGGGGCGAGGGGCUGUUCCUGGCGCUGCAGACGGCCGUGAUCGCGGCGCUGGUGCUGCUCUUCUCCGGGUCGAGCGCGCGCGCCGCCGCCUUCGUCGCGUCCUACGUGGCGCUGCUCUUCGUGCUGCUGAGCGGCCUGACGCCCGUCGACGUGCUGUGGUCGCUGCAGGCGCUCAACGUGCCCAUCAUCGUUGCCGGCAAGGAGACGGGCGACUCGGUGCUCGUCAUCACCUACCUGUGCGCCUUCACGGUGAACGCGCUCAUCGCGGCGCAGCUCGUGUACUACUGGAACGCGCCGGCGCCGGCGCCGGGCAAGGCCGGCCGCCCGGCCAAGGCGCCGGCCAAGGCGGCCGCGGCGGCGGCGGCGGCCAACGCGCCCGCCUCGCCCAAGGCCAAGGCGGCGCGCCGCAAGACGGAGUGA